AUGCAGCAAGUCUACACCCACGAAGGACCCUAUGAGUCAAUCCCCUCGACCGCAUCCCCAGGACUCCAGUUCCUCAAACACUUCCUCCCCGCCCUAGACACCCUCGAUCCAAACGCAAACCCCGUCUCCCCCUUCAUCCACCCCGACGCCCGAGUCUUCGUCGGCAGCGGCCCUCCAAACAGAGGCACAGACGUCGUCGGCCUCCUAAACGUCCGCCAGCGACAUAUCCGGCACUUCCACCACGAUGUCCACAAGGCAUGGGAUAUCGCACGAACAGACACAGGGAGCGAUAGCGAUACCGGUACCGAUACCCGGACGGUGAUGUUCGAGGCGACGAGCGGCACCGUCUUCCGUAAUGACCCGGAUGAAUUCGAGGUGCGGGUGCGGGAGUUUAACGUUCUCGAGCUGGAGAGGGAAGGCUCUCAGUCCGACGGCGAUGACGAGGAUAAGGGAGGGUUUGUCGCGGUCGAGAUGCGGACGUACAUGGAUGCUCGGCCGGUGCAGGACCAGGCGGCGCGAUUGCAGCGCGAGUCGGCGUAUGGGGAGGCGAAGUCAACGGGGUGA